UUGGAUGAGUACAAUGUCAUUUUUUAAGGAAUGAGAUUCACUGUGUGUACUGUGUGAACUAAGCUGCUCUAUUUAUAGACAUGCUUCCAUUCAAAAUUCAAACAAAACAACCAAAAGAACAAGUACUCAAUAAGUAUGCAGGAUAUAGUGUGCAAUGCAAUGGCAAAGGUACAGUACAAGGUGGCAAAUGCAUUGGACAAAUUGAAAUAUGAGAUAACUGAUGUUGAUCUUGAAGGCAUUACUCGCGAGGGCUUCAUCUUCAAGGCCAAACUCUUGGUUGAAAACCCCUUCACUCGGGACAUUCCCACUAGCACCAUAUCUUACACCUUCAAAAUCAAUGAAAGGGUGAUUGCAACUGGUACCAUACCCCCAAAGUCAUUGAAAGCAAAUGUGAAGACUAAAAUGGAAGUGCCAAUAGAGAUUGCUUACAAAAACAUACCAAACUUGGGGAAAGAAUUAUAUAUCAUAUUGGCUGAGACUUAUGUCAUAAAGUGUGAAUUAGACUUGGUUCUCACCUUCAUUGGAGAACAGUGCAUUCUACUCACAAUCAAGGGUGAAAAGAAGGUUCCUUCAAAGUCACAAUUGGGCAAAAUGUUAAUAAAUAGUUGGAAGGAGAAAAUUAAAGAUGUUAAAAUGGUCUCUUACGCUAAGAGAUUGGUCUAGUGGAUGAUGAGACAUUUUCUUUUAAGUUGUGAUGUUACUGUUGCACUAUGUAGUUUUUCAUUUCCCUAUUUUCUAAAUGAAAAAAAAAUAUAUGCAUGCACUAUUUUUAUCUAAAUGUAAUUGUCUCUCAAGAUGUCUA